AAAUGUGUUGAAAAAGGUUAAAAUGAAUGGAGGGAGCAACUAACAAAUAAGAAUCAUAAUAAUCACAGCACAAUAAAUCAAAAAUAAAAUACACAGCAAAGAAGCAUUGAAUUGAGCAAAGAAGCAUGAACAUGAGCAUGAGCAUGAGCAUGAGCAGCAGUAGCAGUUACCUAACAAGAGCGUGUUCGCCUUCAUCCUCCGUGAGCGUCUCCCCUAACUGCACUUCCUCAUGGAUGAUUCUCCCCAAGAACCCUCUCUCACUCCCUCAACCCUCACGCGCCCUCUCACUCCCAACCCCCACGCGCCGUCCCCUAACCGGCCUCGUCAGGUGCGAGGUCGCAGUUCAACUCUCUUCUCAACAAGACGAAGAAGCAGAAGAAUCUUCCAAGGUCAGCAAGGUCGGUGCGCGCGUUAGGGUGAAAUCGCCGCUCAAGGUCUAUCAUGUUCCCAAGGUUCCGGAGCUCGAUCUCGACGGAAUGGAAGGUCAGAUCAAGCAGUACGUAGGGUUAUGGAACGGGAAGCGAAUCUCUGCUAACUUGCCUUAUAAGGUUGAGUUUCUUACGGAAAUUGAAGGACGUGGCAAAGUGAAGUUCUUCGCGCACCUCAGGGAAGAUGAAUUUGAGUAUGUUUAGCUUUUCUUGUACUGUGUUAUAUGAACUUCAUCACUCUCUUGUUGUUGUUGAUGAUGAUGAUGAUAAUGGAUGAAACUGUAGGCUGAUAUGAUAAUACGGUUCUAUUUUUCUCUCAAAUCUCAAUUUUAUUGUUGUUGUUAUUAUUAUGAUUACGAUUAUUAUUGAGUAAAUAAUGACAUGGCUCCUUCUGUGCA